AUAAUAAUGAAAUCAAAGCAAAGUAUCGAAGCGUCUUUUUCUUUCACUGCCCUUCGCACCAAACUACCAACCAAAAACUUCAUCUACUUAACGCUUAUCCAGCCUAUCAAAUCUUAACCGUCCCCCGCCCAUUUCCUUUCUUUUCUUUUCAAACCCUCUCUCUCUCUAUCUUGUUCGGUGCUUGUCUUUCUUGUCUUCCACAAACUGAAUAAUCAUUACAGGUAGAAAAGAUUCUUGGGUUUCUGGUUCCCAUUUACUACUAGUUUAUGUUCGUCAGGAAAAUUCUGAAAUUUCCGGGGAAAAUAUUUCUAAUAUGUACCACAUUACGACUAGACUCCUUUUUUCCAGGGAACUCUUUGUUGUUGGUGUUUGAACUGCUUCUGCUUUUCUUUUUCACCCAUGGCUUGGACAAAAUUGGGAUCGCUUUUCUCUUUUCUCAAUUUCCAGCGUAUCUUGCAGCAGCGGCGACAACAGCAGCAGCAACAGCCGCAGUCAGGGAGAACUACGGAGGUUGAUCUUGGUAAACACCUUAUCAAAACACAUGGAGCCAAAGUCGCAAGGGAUCACUUGCAUGAUUGGCUGAUACUGAUGCUUCUUGUAGUAAUAGAGGUUGUUUUAUUUAUCAUCCAUCCAUUUCGCCGCUUUGUUGGAAAGGAUAUGAUGACUGAUCUCAAGUAUCCCAUGAAAGCCAACACAGUGCCAGUGUGGGCGGUUCCCAUGUACUCCGUUUUGUUACCAAUCUGUGUAUUCCUCUUCGUCUAUCAUCGGAGGAAAGAUGUCUAUGAUCUGCACCACAGCGUUUUAGGCCUCUUGUUUGCUGUGCUGCUUACUGCUGUUAUCACGGAUGCAAUUAAAGAUGCCGUUGGUCGGCCACGACCAGAUUUUUUCUGGCGUUGCUUUCCUGACGGAAAGGAUGUUUAUGAUCGAUGGGGCAACGUUGUUUGCCAUGGCAACAGAGCUGACAUAAAGGAAGGACAUAAGAGCUUCCCAAGCGGUCAUGCAUCUUGGUCUUUUGCAGGGUUAGGGUAUCUCUCACUGUACUUAUCUGGAAAAGUCAAAGUAUUUGAUCGCAAAGGACAUGUAGCCAAACUCUGCUUCGUUAUUCUUCCUCUGCUUACCGCAUCUCUUGUUGCUAUUUCUCGAGUUGAUGAUUAUUGGCACCACUGGAACGAUGUGUUUGCUGGUGGUUUUCUAGGCCUUGUUGUGGCAGCAUUUUGCUACCGGCAGUUCUUCCCAAACCCAUACGAUGAUGAUGGAUGGGGCCCUUAUGCUUAUUUUGAUGCAUUGCUGGAGGAGUCAAACACCAAUAGAGAUGCUGCUCCUCAAACUACAAAUGCACUCACUGUGCAGACCAUGGCGGUUCAUGUUGUAAAUCAAACACUUCGAUCAAACGGUGAUAACUUUUCGUCACCACCUUUAGAUUCCGAUCCAAGCUCAAGAUUAGAUGAUAUAGAAUUGGGAAGGAGGUGAAGCUGCAUGAAUAUAUCCUUUCUUAAUAUGCAUGUAUAUACAAAUAAGUACGUGACAACAUUAUCUGUCAACCAUAUAUUUCCGUUUAGAAAAUUAAAUAGGUUAAUGUUUGAUUUUCGUAGUUCCAGGAAUACUUGAUUGAUGUUUUCUGGAUUUCUAAUUGUGCCUACUUAGUGUUAGAUGUCAACUGAAGAUUAUAUUUGUGAUGCUUCCUCGGUUUAUAGUUCCCAAUCAAAGCUCACAAAGAUUGUAUGAAAAUGGAAUGAUGGUUAAACUGAUCUUGUACAUUUAUUUUGUGCACUUGUGUGUGCAUGGAAUGUUUCAAUAUAGCUAGAAUUGGUUUAAUUUUACAUUUAAUUUGGCCCCUAUAUAUGCUGGUUUAUUCAAAAGUUUGUUUGAUUUAUUUCAUUAUUUUUUUUAUAGGUGAUUGA